AUGGAACUUGUUCGAAACACCAACUUUUCUGCUCUUCUUGUCUUGCUAUCUUGCUUUUGUUUACAGUUUGGCUCUGCCACAGACACCAUCACAGCAGCUAAAUUCAUCAACGACUCUGAAACCAUCAUCUCCAAUAGCGGUGACUUCAAACUGGGAUUUUUCAGCCCCCCAAAUUCUACCGAUCGGUAUGUUGGGAUAUGGUAUGCUGAAAUUUCUGUGUUCACUGUCGCAUGGGUUGCUAACAGAAACAAUCCCCUCACGAAUUCCUCUGGAAUUCUUACCAUAUCCGAAGAUGGCAAUCUGGUAGUGUUAGAUGGGCAAAAGAAGGUGCUUUGGUCUUCAAAUUUAACAAAUUCUGUCGUCAAUUCGAGUGCUCAGCUUUUAGAUUCUGGAAAUCUUGUCUUGCAAGGAAACACUACAGGGACAUUCUUAUGGGAGAGUUUCCAACAUCCUUCUAAUACAUUCAUCGAAAAGAUGAAAAUUAGUACGGAUGUUAGAACGGGUAAGAAAGUGCAGCUGACAUCAUGGAAAAGCCCUUCUGAUCCAUCCACUGGAAACUUCUCUGCCGGUAUUGAUGUUCGUAAUCUUCCGGAACUUUUUAUUUGGAAUGGUAGUAGACUAUAUUGGCGGAGUGGUCCAUGGAAUGGCCAAGUCUUUAUCGGAAUACCGAACAUGUAUUCUGUAUAUCGUGAUGGAUUUAGUCUUGUAGACGAUAAAGAAGGAACAUUCUAUUUAUCUUUUAGCUUUUCGAACGACUCUUUCCCAUAUACUUAUGUCUUGAAUGAGCAAGGAAAUCUACUUGAAGCAUAUUCCAACAACAGUGGGGUGGAUUGGGAGGUCACGUGGUCAUCUUUUAAGACUGAGUGCGAUGUUUAUGGCAAGUGUGGGGCAUUUGGAAGCUGUAAUUCACAGAAUACACCAAUUUGCAGCUGUUUGCCGGGGUUUGAGCCAAAGAACACAGAAGAAUGGAAUAGAGGAAAUUGGACAAGUGGAUGUGUGAGGAGGACACCCUUGCAGUGUGAGAAGGUGAACAAUGGCAGUGAUGGGGGCAAAAAAGAUGGAUUUUUGAAACUGACGAUGAUGAAAGUACCAGACUUUGAAGAAUAUUCGUCAUAUGCUCGUGAAGAAAAAUGUAAAAGCCUAUGCUUGGAGAAUUGUUCUUGUAUUGCUUACGCAUUUGAUUCUGGCAUUGGCUGUAUGCCGUGGGCAAGAAGCUUAAUUGACGUUCAGAAAUUCCCGAGUGGCGGAAUUGAUCUUUAUGUUCGUUUGGCCUAUUCAGAACUUGAUAAAGAGGGAAAUGUGAAAGUAAUCGUAACAGUCACAGUGAUCAUAGGAGUAAUAUUCACUGGCAUCUGCAUUUACUUAUUCCGGCGUUGGAUGGCUAACCAAAAGGCAAGGAAGAAGAAAACGAAGGAGAUUUUAUUGUUGAGCAUGGGUGAAGACAAGCAUGGAGACAACGUUAACCAAGCUAAACUCGAAGAGUUACCAAUAUUCAAUCUUCGGGAGUUGGCAAGUGCAACAAAUAGCUUCCAUCAAUCAAAUAAGCUCGGGCAGGGUGGAUUUGGUCCCGUAUACAGGGGAAAACUGUUAGAUGGACAAGAAAUUGCAGUAAAAAGACUUUCAAAAGCAUCUGGACAAGGGCUAGAAGAAUUUAUGAAUGAGGUGGUGGUGAUAUCUAAACUCCAACAUCGGAAUCUCGUUAGACUCCUUGGUUGCUGUAUUGAAGGGGAAGAAAAGAUGCUGGUCUAUGAAUACAUGCCAAACAAAAGUUUGGACGCAUUUGUCUUUGAUUCAGUGAAACAAAAACUACUAGAAUGGAGAAGACGCUUUAACAUUAUUGAAGGAAUCGGUCGAGGUCUGUUGUACCUUCAUAGGGAUUCUAGAUUAAGAAUUAUUCAUAGAGAUCUAAAAGCAAGUAACAUCUUGUUGGAUGAAGAGCUAAAUCCAAAAAUAUCAGAUUUUGGCAUGGCUAGGAUUUUUGGGAUCAAUGAGGAUCAGGCCAAUACCACAAGGGUCGUCGGAACAUAUGGUUACAUGUCUCCUGAAUAUGCAAUGGAAGGUCGAUUUUCUGAGAAAUCAGAUGUCUUCAGCUUUGGAGUGUUGUUACUUGAGAUAAUUAGUGGAAGAAGAAAUUCUAGCUUUUAUGAUGAUAAGCAGGCCAUGAGCCUUCUAGGAUUUGCAUGGAAAAUGUGGAAUGCAGACAAGGACAACAUUGUGGCAUUAACAGACCCAAUCAUACAUGAACCUCGCUUUGAAAUGGAAAUUUUGAGAUGCAUACAUGUUGGGCUGCUGUGUGUGCAAGAAUUUGCUAAUGAUAGGCCAACGAUAUCUAUUGUUAUUUCCAUGCUUAAAAGUGAGAUUAUUGAUUUGCCUCUUCCAAAGCAACCUGCAUUUACUGAAAGGCAGAAUGCCCCAGAUGCAAGGUCCUCUCAGCACAACCCAAGUAAAUCCUCUGUUAACAAUGUUACAGUUACAAUGGUUCAAGGCCGGUACAGCUUUGAAACAAUGGGACUUGUUCGAAACACCAACUUGUCUGCUCUUCUUGUCUUGCUAUCUUGCUUUUGUUUACAGUUUGGCUCUGCAACAGACACCAUCACAGCAGCUAAAUUCAUCAACGACUCUGAAACCAUCAUCUCCAAUAGCGGUGACUUCAAACUGGGAUUUUUCAGCCCUCCAAAUUCUACCGAUCGGUAUGUUGGGAUAUGGUAUGCUGAAAUUUCUGUGUUCACUGUCGUAUGGGUUGCUAACAGAAACAAUCCCCUCAAGAAUUCCUCUGGAAUUCUUACCAUAUCCGAAGUUGGGAAUCUGGUAGUGUUAGAUGGGCAACAGAAGGUUCUCUGGUCAUCAAAUUUAACAAAUUCUGUUGUCAAUUCGAGUGCCCAGCUUUUAGAUUCUGGAAACCUUGUCUUGCAAGGAAACACUACAGGGACAUUCUUAUGGGAGAGUUUCCAGCAUCCUUCUGAUACAUUCAUGGAAAAUAUGAAAAUUAGUACGGAUGUUAGAACGGGUAAGAAAGUGCAGCUGACAUCAUGGAAAAGUCCUUCUGAUCCAUCCAUUGGAAACUUCUCUGCCGGUAUUGAGGUUCGAAAUAUUCCUGAAUUUUUCAUCUGGAACGACAGUAACACAUAUUGGCGGAGUGGUCCAUGGAACGGCCAGAUCUUUAUUGGAGUACCGGACAUGGUUUCUGUAUAUCUUGAUGGAUUUAAUCUUGUACCUGAUAAUGAUGGAACAUUCUAUUUAUCUUUUUCCUUUUCAAACGAGUCUUUCCCAACAAAAUUUGUCUUGAAUGCUCAAGGAAAUCUACAGCAAACAUAUUUUGACACUGGAGAUGAUCAUUGGGGGAUCGGGUGGUCAGCUUUGAAUUCUGACUGCGAUGUUUAUGGCAAGUGUGGGGCAUUUGGAAGCUGUAAUUCACAGAAUUCACCAAUUUGCAGCUGUAUACCGGGGUUUGAGCCAAAGAACAGAGAAGAAUGGAACAGAGGAAAUUGGACUAGUGGAUGUGUGAGGAGGAGACCCUUGCAGUGUGAGAGGGUGAACAAUGGCAGUGAUGGGGGCAAAAAAGAUGGAUUUUUGAAACUGACGAUGAUGAAAGUGCCAGACUUGGCAGAUUGGUCAUCUGCUCGUGAAGAAAAUUGUAGAAACCAAUGCUUGGAGAAUUGUUCUUGUAUUGCUUACGCAUUUGAUGCUGGCACUGGUUGUAUGCCAUGGACAAGAAGCUUAAUUGACCUACAGAAAUUCUCGAGUGGCGGAAUUGAUCUUUAUGUUCGUGUGGCCUAUUCAGAACUUGAUAAAGAGGAAAAUGUGAAAGUAAUCGUGACAGUCACAGUCCAGAUCAUAGGAGUAAUAUUUACUGGCAUAUGCACUUACAUAUUGUGGCGUUGGAUGGCUAAACAAAAAGCAAGGAAGAAGAAAACCAAGGAGAUGUUACUGUUGAACAUAAGGGAAGCAUAUCCAAAAUUUCCUGGUGAAGACAAGCAUGGAGACAGAUUGAACCAAGUUAAACUCCAAGAUCUACCGUUAUUCAAUCUUCAAGAGCUGGCAAGUGCAACAAACAACUUCCAUCUAUCAAAUAAGCUAGGGCAGGGUGGAUUUGGUCCCGUAUACAAGGGAAAACUGUUGGAUGGACAGGAAAUUGCAGUAAAAAGACUUUCAAAAGCCUCUGGACAAGGGCUAGAAGAAUUUAUGAAUGAGGUGGUGGUGAUCUCUAAACUCCAACACCGGAAUCUUGUUAGACUCCUUGGCUGCUGUGUUGAUGGGGAAGAACAGAUGUUGGUCUAUGAAUACAUGCCAAACAAAAGUUUGGAUGCAUUUCUCUUUGAUUCAAUCAAAUCAAAAGUACUAGAUUGGAGAAGACGCUUCAACAUUAUGGAAGGAAUUGGUCGAGGUUUGCUGUACCUUCAUAGGGAUUCCAGAUUAAGGAUUAUUCAUAGAGAUUUAAAGGCAAGUAACAUCUUGUUAGAUGAAGAGCUAAAUCCAAAAAUAUCAGAUUUUGGCAUGGCUAGGAUUUUUGGGGGUAAUGUAGAUCAAGCCAAUACUACAAGGGUUGUUGGAACAUAUGGCUACAUGUCCCCUGAAUAUGCAAUGCAAGGGCGCUUUUCAGAGAAAUCAGAUGUCUUCAGCUUUGGAGUGUUGUUAUUGGAGAUAGUAAGUGGGAGAAGAAACAAUAGCUUUUAUGAUGAUGACCAUGCCAUGCACCUUCUAGGAUUUGCAUGGCAAAUGUGGAAUGCAAACAACAUUGUGGCAUUAACAGACCUGAUGAUACGUGAACCCUGCUUUGAAAUGGAAAUUUUGAGAUGCAUACACGUCGGGCUGCUGUGUGUGCAAGAAGUUGCUAAAGAUAGGCCAACUGUCUCCACUGUUAUUUCCAUGCUUAAAAGUGAGACUCUUGAUCUGCCUCUUCCAAAGCAACCUGCAUUCACGGAAAGGCAAAUUGCCCCAGAUGCUCAACAGAACCCAAGUAAAUGCUCUGUUAACAAUGUUACUGUUACAAUGGUUCAAGGCCGAUAGCUAGUAUGUUAGUUUGAUUUUGGACUUGUUAAUUAUAUGAUUUACGUAGUAGGAACAGUUUUAUCAUAAAUUGCUCUGCGGCAAUUUUUUUCUUA